CGCCCCCGCAGGCUCGCUGACGGGACACACGGCAGACAGAAAAAUAUCUCUUCGUCUCUGUAAGGCUGAGAAGAAACUUUUAGCAAACUCAAGCAGGAGCUUCACACCACUGAGGAUUAAACACCGUGCAGGACAGCAUUGACAAACGGACUGCAACGUUUGGAUACGACAAAGGAGUUGAGUGGGCGAGUGACUUUUCUUCAGCAUAUUCUUCUCUCCCAACUGAAAUGCAAACAAGUGGCCUGUUGCAGACUAUUGCAUAAACAGGUUUCCUGCCUGGAGAUGACUUAAAAGUGCUCCAUUCUGUGCAUGUUCCAGAAUUCUCGACUUGAUCUAAACAUGUAUAACAGUUCCCUCCAAAUGUUGGGUGCCACUCACACUUUUAUGAAGUGCAACAAGAGUGAUGACUUCAAAUACCCUCUUUACAGCACUGUUUUCAGCCUGGUGUUUGUGGUUGGAUUCUUCUUCAACAUGGUGGCCGUCUACAUUUUUGGGUGCACCCUGAAGACGAGGAAUGAGACCACGACAUACAUGGUGAACCUGGUUGUUUCAGACUCUCUCUUUGUCCUCAGCCUGCCUUUUCGGAUAGUCUACUUCAUUAAACGGGAAUGGAUGUUCGGAAGUGUGCUCUGUAAGACUUCCGUGGCGCUCUUCUACACCAACAUGUACGGCAGCAUACUCUUCCUCACUUGCAUCAGCGUUGACCGCUUUCUGGCCAUUGUGCACCCAUUCCGAUCCCAGACCAUUAGGACUAAGCGGAACGCCAAGCUGGCCUGUCUCACGGUGUGGGUGCUGGUUCUCUCUGGAAGUAUACCAACAGGCUUCCUUCUGGACACCACUUCACCCAAAAAUGUCAACGCCUCUUCAAACUACUGCUUUGAAAACUACUCCAAAAACCAGUGGAAGUCUGAGCUCUCUAAAGUGGUGGUGUUUAUCGAGACGGUUGGCUUUGUUAUCCCGCUGAUGCUGAAUGUCUUCUGCUCCGUGAUGGUUUUACAGACUUUGAAGAAACCCCAGACCAUCAGCCGCGGUGGAAGCAUCAACAAAGCUAAAAUUCUGAGGAUGAUCUUUGUGCAUCUGCUCAUCUUCUGCUUCUGUUUCAUUCCCUACAACGUCAAUCUCAUGUUCUACUCUCUGGUCCGCUCGAAUGUUCUCAAAGGAUGUAACGCGGAACACGUGGUGAGAACCAUCUACCCCAUUUCACUGUGCAUAGCCGUGACCAACUGCUGCUUUGAUCCAGUGAUUUACUACUUCACUUCAGAGACCAUUCAGAGCUCCAUCAAACGCAAGUCCAAGGUGUGGCACAACGGUGUUAAGCUUCUGGACAGAUUACAGGGGGACAGUGCACAAAACAGCCCAAGUUCUACACCAAAAAGUCUGGCCCUGAGGUCUCUGACAACCAAGUUCACAGACACAAAUACUUUACAAUCUAGUGACAAAUCAAGUAUCUGACAGAAGAAAUUGAAGAUUGUUGGGGACAUGAUACGUGAUGUCAGAAUGGACACUGAUGACUGGGACUUAAGACACUGACCCUAAUAAAAAUGAGCAUCAAUACGCAUGUCAUGGUGACUAAACUGAACUCAUUUUCGACUGACUUGUACAAAUGAAUGUGGACGCUUCUAAACAAGUAUCAGUGUUGGCACAUGAAACACCUUUUCACCUUUUCAGUCAUUCUGUUGUUGUUCUGAAACCAGUAUUGAAGCCGUUUCAAUGUACUCAGUAGUUCCUAUGUGCUUAUGCCCUCUCUAGAGGCUAUCAGGCACUUUAUUGAGUGGUACACCCUCCGAUAGGUUUAUUCUGAAAGCAAAUAAAAGAACUGUGUGAUGUUCCAAA